AGGUUGCCGAGGCAGCGGCGGGUGGUGCAGGUGGUGCGGCGGCGCGGCCGGCCGGCGCUGACUUCCGGAGGCCGCCGUCUGGCCGAGGUGUCCUCAUGACUUCUCUUGCGGACCAUGUCCAUGAUCCUUUUUGCCUGUGUUGUAAGGGUGAGGGAUGGACUACCCCUCUCAGCUUCCACUGACUUCUAUCAUGCUCAAGAUUUUCUGGAAUGCAGGAGACGGCUCAAGACUUUAGCCUCACGACUGGCCCAGUAUCCGGGUCGGGGCACGGCAGAAGGUCUUCACUUCAGGAUACACUUUUCUUCUUUGGGGCAUGUGGCCUGCAUGGCUAUCUGCUCCUACCAGUAUCCAGCCGCCAUGGCUUUCUGCUUCCUGGAGACCUUGUGGUGGGAAUUCACAGCUUCCUAUGACAACACCUGCAUUGGCCUAGCGGUCCGGCCAUAUGCCUUUCUGGAAUUUGACAGCAUCAUUCAGAAAGUGAAGUGUCACUUUAACUAUGCAAGUUCUACUCAGAUGGGGAGCAGUUUAGAAAAAAUUCAGGAGGAGCUCAAGUUCCGGCCUCCAGUGUUUCUCACUCUGGAAGACACAGAUCUGGCAAAUGGGAUGAUAAAUGGUCACACACAGAUGCACUUGGAGCCCGCUCCUACUUUCCGAAUGGAACCAGUGACAGCCUUGGGUAUCCUCUCCCUUAUUCUCAACAUUAUGUGUGCUGCUCUGAAUCUCAUUCGUGGAAUUCAUCUCGCAGAACAUUCUUUACAGGUUGCCCAUGAGGAAAUUGGAAAUAUUCUAGCUUUUUUUAUCCCUUUUGUAGCCUGCAUUUUCCAGUGUUAUUUGUACCUGUUCUACAGUCCUGCCAGGACUAUGAAGGUGGUGCUGAUGCUGCUUUUUAUUUGCCUGGGCAACGUGUACCUGCACGGGCUGAGGAACCUCUGGCAAGUCCUUUUCCACAUAGGAGUGGCUUUUCUGUCUUCCUAUCAGAUCCUGACGAGGCAGCUCCAGGAAAAGCCACCUGACUCUGGAGUGUGAGAACAUCCUGAGAUGAGUGGGUCCUUUGAUUUCCUUUGAGGGUCACCUGUGAUUCCCUUUUUGCUUCUCAACAUCACCUCAAGCUUCCACCCUUGAAGUUCCUUCUACCAGACUGGACUAAUAAGCUGAGAAUUGGGGGUUUCUAAGAGGUGCAGGUGAAGGCAUGGGUUGGCUUGGUACCCAGCCUCUGUCGUGUGCUGAGUGUGGCUGCAGAAGCUCCAGGUCAGAGUGUUUACUGGGGUGGCAGAGUCUGGGGGCGCAGUCAGAAGCAGCAUUAUGAUGGAAGAUCAGAAUGGAAUUGUUUUGGUCUCUUAAAUUGAAGGAUGCAAUAAACCACUAGAUUUAGUAACACUAGUUUUAGUAGUUGGCAGUUGUCCCCAAUUACUAACGGACCACUUUCACUCUAAAUGUGACUUGGUUAGCUGUUUUUGUUUGUUUUUAGAGGAUGAGUACAGGGUGAAUUUAAAACUUAAAGCUAUGGUUUCAUAAAUACAAACCAGAUAGGUUUUGUUUACAUUUUCUUUUUAAUAAUUUGGGUCCUAUGCAAUACCUUUAAAAUAUUUAAGUAUAUUUGAAUAUAUCGAACUUAUUUUCAUUUAUGGAAGGGCAGACUUAAGAUGAGAAAAUGGUUAGGAAAGCUGAGUUUACUUAGCUGGCAUAACCCUUUAUGGUGGUGGAACUGUAUGGGUACAUAAAUAUUUUGUAUUUAUUUGCAGGGUAUAUUUGAAUAUUUCAAAAUUUAAUUGAGUAACCAAUACUAGUGGAAUCCUAAGCUAAUAAGCAUGACAGAAGUGAGAACUUUAGGAUUCCUUAUAAGUGACUGCAAAGUGGGUCUGGAAGCACAGGAUUCACACAGCAGCCUUGACAGGGUCAGGUGGAGAGGCUGCCGUCUUCCGCCCCAUGGGUGGCAGCCGCUUGCCUGUCACUUGAAUGAUCACAAAUCCUCGAUCCUGGGUUUGUCCCCAGAAGGUCUCCCAGUCAUCUCCAUUAGAUCAAGGGCCUCAUUUUUUUUUUUUUUAAUGAGCAAAUAAUAAGUAGGUGUGAAUUUUUAAAAAAUCUUUAUGAAAUGUAUCAUUAAUCCUGUACUCUCAAAAUUUCUUUCCUUUCUCUCACUGUCAAAAUACCGAUUAGUCAUUGUUUUCCAGAAUGUGCAGUCUCCUGCAUUUGUAGACAUUUCAGCCUGGCUUGUCCAGUACCAUUCUGGAGGCCAUUUCUGGAGUUUGCCCUUUGGAUUGUUCUUGGUAGAAGUCUGGAAUCUGAAUAGUUUAAUCACAACUGCAUGGAAUACUUUGGGAUGAAAUAUGUGGCUUUGAUAAAUUUUUAAAGAGACUAUUUUGAUAGUUUUUAAAAGUCAAAAGCCUUUGCAGCAGUUAUUGAGUUAAUAGAGAAAACAAAAAUGUCCUUUUAAGUUCACUUGCACUUGGUCAUUGUUAAUUGGUAUAUUGUUAGUGAGCUACCCUGGUAUCACUUAAAAAAUAGUUUAUGUGACUGGGAACUGUGUUGGGAAAACUGUUGCCAUAGUAAUUUUAUUUUCUUAUAAUAGAAAUUUUCUAUUUUUAAGCAAGUAUCUGGAUGUGAAAGCUAUAUUGGCAACAUUCUCAGAAACUUCAAAGUUGUCUCUUUACUUCACAACUGUGUAAUUUUCUGCCUAUCUGGCAGGUGAAUUUUCAGACUUUAUGGGAGAUAAUUUUGAAGAGAUGGUACAGUAGAAUGGUAAGUCAGAAAACAAAGACAAACCCUUUUAGGUUAGAAGCACAAAAAAACGACUUUAAGACUUGGUAAGAAAAGCUUAACCUGUUCUCCUCCAGCCCAUGGGGCGGCAUUGCCGUGUACCCCGCUCCCCAGGUGCUAGGAGCGCUGAGCCUGUAUCCGCACUCAGUGACGAGUGAUGAGCGCUAAUGCGCUGGUAGACCUGUUACCCGAGUAGCACAUUCUGUUGGAUGUGCUUUUCCAUAGCUGCAUGGGAUUUGAGAUUUACAUUUGCAGACGAAAGGGAUCAGAGGCACUAAACAAACAGUGCAACAUCAUGAGCACAUAAACACUAACCAAAAGAAGCCUCAGCUCACUGGAGCAAGUGACUCAUGAUAGGAAAGAAAUUCUGGACACUGUGCAAGGGAAAUACCAGGCUUGGGGUGGGCCUGAUUCAGGCCACUGGCCCCUGUGUCAUCCUCGAUGCCAGGGAGAUGGCUCCACAGCGCAGGCCUCACGCCACCAGGGACUCCCUGCUGUGUGAGCACCUUUGUUUUCCCAGCAGUUAAACGCCACCCGCCAGCUGACCUCACAGGGCCCACUCUAGGACUAGAUGAAAUAAUGUUGAAAACAAAACCUCAGAAGUGCCUUCUGGGAUCAGAGGCCACAAGCUCUUGGCCAUCAGAAUGUGUUCUAUCCCACCUGCGGUUUCCAGAAGAAAGGAGGCUCAGUGGACUGGGACAGUUUUCUGACCAAGCCACCAAAGCCCAGAGGGUCCCCUUCCUCAAGUGUGCUGUGAAGCCACAGACUCUGGCUUGCUUUUCCCCAGGCCAGCCUGACCGUGGCAAGACUGUGACCGAGUUUCUGUGUCCUGAAUAGAGACUGUCAAGGCCACAUUUUGGGCUGUAUACCCUCUGGGGACUUAGAAAGCCACUGUCUGCAGUGGCCAGAAUGUGCGUGGGGCCCCCUGUCAUCUGCAAACUCUGUGGACAGGCAUCAAGAAUCAAGGCCUGACAUUUUAAGGGGUGGGAAACGUGUCAGGAUGAGUGCUGAGAUGAAGGCAUGUAACCACCAUGCUUGUCCUCCUCACUUUGAGCUCCCUUUUCCUAGGUGCCCCCAUUCUCCAGAUCUCCUCUGCCUUUCUACCUCUGCUCCACACCCCUUUCCUGGGAGCAGAAUCUACAACUGGAGUCUCUGGAGGGGCUAGAAAGCUACCUUAAGUGUCAUCGGUAUGGGGUGUGUAGGAACUUUAAGUGGGAACAGAUUGCUCUGGGGCCCUCCCUUGCCCCGAGUCCCCCAAGGAGCACCUGUGUGUAUCUGGGACUGUGUCAUGGAAGGACUAGCACUUUUGUGGUCAGCACAUCUCAGAGCCAAAGGUAGCAGUAAGCAAGGUCAGCUGUUUAGGGCACAGGAAGCAGGCAGUAUGCCAGGAGCAGAGCUGGGGGUUCUCUAUUGGAGGACAACACGCAGUUCGUCUGCGGCACGUGGGGAGCACGUUGCACCUUUGUCCUGGGUGCCAUUUCUGUCCUUCACUGUGGCCUGGGGGGGCCUGGCCCUGGAGCCUGUGGCUUGCGGUGCAUGUAGGCUGAGAACUGGCAGAAUGGCAGUGUUCAUGGAUUCCCGACGUGUCAAGCCCUGCUCUGACGUUGCCUUCCAGAUAUUCCGGUACAGAAUCCCACACAGGUGCAGGGCGGCUCUGCUGAGCAUGGGAGUGCUAGUAAGGUGGAGGUAGAGAAUAUGCGCCCUUGAGAGAUGAGGGAGGGGAGGAGUGUCCUGGUCAGUUGGUCAGAAGGUCUGGAGAGUGACUUGGUUCUUCCACUCAGGCCUGUGCCACAGUGGGCAACCUAGAUUCAGUAUCUGUAACAUCUUUGGCCUUCUGGCCGGCUGUCACAGGGGCCGAAGGGGGUAGUGAGGAGACUACAGGGUGAAUCCGUGGUUUCAGUGUGGAUGGGCUUUGGGCUUAUGUGGAGGCUCUGCAGGCUUCAGGCAGCAUAACCAUGCCUUUGAGCUUCCACACAAAAGGGCAGCUUUUGAUAAUGUAAUGUAAGUGACCUUUAUUUUUUACUUCAGAAAGGUAGAGGAGGCCUCUCUUCCUCCGUCAGAGCUAUUCCUGCCUUCCAGGCACAGAGCCCUGGGGACCGCAGGCUUUAGGCCUGCUAAAGGUCCCGGGUACCUGGUUCUGCAGUUUGGACCAGACCUCCAGGUCUGUUCUGACCCAGAUGUGAAGAGCUGAUUCUCCAUCUGAAAGCAGUGAUGUCAUACUGCUGUUGCUGGGGAAACCUCACUGGCAGGGAACUUGUGGAAAAGGACUUGACAGUAAAAUCUGGGAAUGGCCGGAUACAGAAACAUCUGCCCAUGUGCACCUGGGGCGGAGUGGUUGCCCACAAGCGCCUUUUAUUUAGGGUAAAAUUACUAAAUCCAUUCUGUUCCUCCAAUCUGUGCUUGAUACCUCCUUUCACUCUUCUGUGAUUCUGGGGUUGCCUCAAAAGUAUUGUUUAAUAAAGCCUUCGUAUCAUUUGAACCUCCUCCCCCCAGAAUUCUGUUUUGCUAUUUUAAAGAUUGAGGCUGAUUUAACCAGGGCAAAACCAUUUACUUCCCAUGUUCAUUUUGAAGGCUUGAUGUCCCCGUAACACAAGCUUUUUACAUUUUCAUGUAAUAAUAAAGAUCUAUUUUGAGUAAAAGAUGAGUAUGUUUUAACAAACUUUCACAGAGUAGUAAAACCUAAACUUAUGUUAAUAUAUGUAAAGAAUGUCGUAUUGCUGUUUAUAUACUAUGUAUAUGUAAAUUAAAUGAGGUGGCUUCAGAAGUGUGAGAAGAAUAAACCUAAGGUGCUUAUUAA